UAGCAAGCCAGCCAGCCAGCCAGCCAUUGCCGACCGGAGCGAUGGCUACCAUGGCGAGGUCAGGUGCCGUGAAGCUCUGCUGCUGCACCUCCGCUCUUCUUCUGCUCUGCUGCUUCCUCCUCCCAGGCGCCCUCGCCGAGGAGCGCUUCUACGAGUUCGUCGUCCGGGGGACGCCAGUGAAGAGGCUGUGCAAGACCCAGGAGAUCAUCACGGUGAACGGGCAGUUCCCGGGGCCGACGAUCGAGGUGUACAGCGGCGACACGCUGGCGGUCAGGGCCGUGAACCUGGCCAGGUACAACGUGACCCUCCACUGGCACGGCCUCCGGCAGCUGCGGAACGGGUGGGCGGACGGGCCGGAGUUCGUGACGCAGUGCCCCAUCCGCCCCGGCGGCAGCUACACGUACCGCUUCACCGUCGAGGGGCAGGAGGGCACGCUGUGGUGGCACGCGCACAGCUCCUGGCUCCGCGCCACCGUGCACGGCGCGCUCAUCAUCCACCCCAGGAGGGGCGUCCCCUACCCUUUCCCCAAGCCACACACCGAGGCCCCCGUCAUCCUAGCGGAGUGGUGGAGGAGGGACCCCAUCGCCGUGCUCCGCCAGUCCAUGAUCACCGGCGCGCCACCCAACGUCUCCGACGCCCUCCUCAUCAACGGCCAGCCGGGAGACUUGCUCCCGUGCUCCAGCCAAGAGACGAGCAUCAUCCCGGUGGUCGCCGGCGAGACGAGCCUGCUGCGCAUCAUCAACGCGGCCAUGAACACCGAGCUCUUCGUCAGCCUCGCCGGCCACAGGAUGACCGUGGUCGCCGCGGACGCCAUGUACACCAAGCCCUUCGAGACCGACGUCGUCCUCCUCGGCCCCGGCCAGACCACCGACGUCCUCGUCACUGCCCACGCAGCCCCGGGACGAUACUACCUCGCCGCGCGCGCCUACGCUUCGGCCCAGGGCGUUCCCUUCGACAACACCACCGCCACCGCCAUCUUCCAGUACAAGAACGCCCCCGGCUGCCCCACCACCUCCGGGGCAGGGGCUGGAGCCGGUGCCGGUGCCGGCACCUUCAGCGGCCCAGUAGGCCGGUCCUCUAGGUCCUCCGGCUACCUCGGCCGCGCAGGGCCGCAGCCGAUGCUCCCGUUCCUGCCGGCGUUCAACGACACGAACACGGCGACCGCCUUCUCGAACAGGCUCCGGAGCCCAGUGCCGGUGAAGGUGCCCGGCCCGGUGACCCAGGAGGUGUUCACCACCGUGGGGUUCGGGCUCUUCAACUGCCGCCCCGGCCCGUUCUGCCAGGGCCCCAACAACACCCGGUUCGGCGCGAGCAUGAACAACGUGUCGUUCCAGCUCCCCGACACCGUCUCCCUGCUGCAGGCGCACUACCACCACAUCCCCGGCGUGUUCACCGACGACUUCCCGGCGCUCCCGCCCGUGUUCUUCGACUUCACCUCGCAGAACGUCCCGCGCGCGCUGUGGCAGCCCGUCAAGGGCACCCGCCUGUACCGCGUCAGGUACGGCGCCGUGGUGCAGAUCGUGUUCCAGGACACGGGCAUCUUCGCCGCCGAGGAGCACCCCAUGCACAUCCACGGCUACCACUUCUACGUGCUGGCCACGGGGUUCGGCAACUACGACCCGCGCCGCGACGCCGCCAGGUUCAACCUGGUGGACCCGCCCAGCCGCAACACCAUCGGAGUGCCCGUCGGCGGCUGGGCCGUCGUGCGCUUCGUGGCCGACAACCCCGGGGUGUGGCUCGUGCACUGCCACAUCGACGCGCACCUCACGGGAGGGCUCGCCAUGGCUCUGCUGGUGGAGGACGGCGAGUCCGAGCUCGAGGCCACCGUGGCGCCGCCGCUCGACUUGCCCAUCUGCGUGCUGUAGAGAUUUUUCAGUUUGUUGCUGGCGUGCGUCACUACGUGGAGUUACAGGGAGGCUGUGUCCUGUGUGCAUCGUUCUGUGUGUUUGCAUCGGUAGUUGGGCAUUUGCAUUCUUGGAUUUCCAUUUG